AUGAUUUGGAUGACAAGGAAAAAAAUCAUAUAAAGAAACGCAUAAGUAAACCUAUUGAAGGGAGAAAUACUGUUUGUAAUAUUGAAUAUCAUAGAAAGUAUAUUCUGAAUGCAAUUUAUUUAGCCAAAAAAGGGUUAAUGCUUCCGUUACAAAAUUAAGUAGAUAUGAGUUAUGUGAUAUCUACGAAUGCUCUCUUUUUAUAGUGUUCAUUGAAGAUGGCUAAUGUAUGA